AUGGCAUCCAGAUCUAGACGUCGGCAACAAACAGCAGAUUUACCAAUACCAUGCCCCGUUGGCCACCCAGUUUGGGUUAAGUUAACAGGGGAUGGAGGUGGGGCAUGGUGGCCAGGAAAACUUUUAAGAAUAGACAAAGUGUACUUUUGGAGUGAUCAAAGCAGGUGUAAUGUAACCAGAGCAACUGUGAAACCAUUUGAAAUUUCUCACAGUUUAGUGAAGUUCACAAGAGGAAAGUUAAGAUGCGCAGAGGACAAAGAGAAUUUUGAAACAGAUCUCAAAAGAGCAUUGGCUCUACAUCAAAAGGGAACUCCAGACACUGUCAGUGAAGGCAGCGAUACUAAGGGAAAUCCAGACACUGUCAGUGAAGGUAACGAUACUAAGGGAAAUCCAGGCACUGUCAGUGAAGGCAACGAUACUAAGGGAAAUCCAGACACUGUCAGUGAAGGCAACGAUACUAAGGGAAAUCCAGACACUGUCAGUGAAGGCAACGAUACUAAGGGAAAUCCAGACACUGUCAGUGAAGGCAACGACUCUAAGGGAAAUCCAGACACUGUCAGUGAAGGCAACGAUACUAAGGGAAAUGCAGACACUGUCAGUGAAGGAAAACUGAUGUUGAUCCAAGAUUUCAAUGCAGUCAGCAUAUUCAAAGGCAAAAGUAUUCAAGAGAUCAGUGUAGAUGAAAUCAUACAAGAAGGAGAAGACUUUGUCUCUGGGAAUUCUAGUGACAUUGAGGCGGCAUUGCACCAAAAAAGUCAGGAGAACACAGAAAUGGAAUCGGAGGAAACACCAGAAGCUAUGGAAUUGGAGGAAAUCCCACAAACUUCCAGACCACUGCCACCAAAAGAGAAAAAAGCGACAAAACAGAGAGUUAAAUGGACAUGUGAAGAAAUCGAAGAGGUUGAAAAGCUCUUCCAGGACAACUUAAAAAAUGGGAAAUGUCCUGGUUUCAAGGAAGUCAAGAAAUGCAUUGCUAUAAGCAAAACACAGAAUGGACUUAUCCACAACAGACAGUGGGAGACCAUUAAAAAGAAAGUUUGGAAUCUAAUCCAAAAAAAAAAGUAGCUCUUCAAAUGUGUAUUAACUAUCUCUGAAAAUUGACUGACCAGCCCUAAUGUUUAGCUCUCCUGAUAAUAGGGAGCAAUUGCUAUUCACUCUGUCGACAGAUGUUAUAGAACUUGGUGACUGUUAAGGCUCUUGGGUCUCUUGUUUUUGUAUAAGUGUUCAGUUUCAACAAGAUGACAAAGCAGUCAUGAAGACAUUGAUCAGCUAGUGUUCUUGUUAACUGCAUUGAAGUAAAUUUCAGUAUAAAAACAAUAUUGUAACAUAUUCUAUUAUUAUAUUGUGAGGGGAACAUUCUGACCUCUAACAGAAAUAUUUCAUAAUGAGCAUUCAAAUUUAACUGACAAGCCAUUUCCUGAAAACGUUUUAAAAUUCAAUGUUUUAGUCGAGACAAUUUUUGUCAUUUAUUUAGUUACUGAUGAGUAACUAUAGUUUUCAGAUAAAAAUGCUUCUUCUUGACAUAAUGUGAAAUAAUUUUAACAUAUUAGUUUUUAAAAAAAACAGGUAGUUUACAAACAAAGUGGAGGGGAACCUAUUUUGUUUGCUCCGUUUCUUAUUAUCAUUAUUAUUCGGCUUUCUUCGAUCUUUCAAUUAUGGACUUGUCCAGCGAUUUCCUCCUAAAGCACUGGUUUUAAGUACAUAAAUGUCGGUAUUGAUGUCUUCACUUUGAUAGAUAUUUGUGUGUUAAUGAUUACAUUUAUUAACAAAACACAACUUGUAUGUCCCAUUAAAAAGGAAGAAACUUUUCUUAAUGUGAGUGUGUGUGUGUUUCACAUGGUUUUCAAAUUAAUUUGUGGGAAUUAUUUCAUUGAAAUAUGUAAAAUCCUCAAUAAACAGGAGUUUUUGUUGGA